AUGGAUAUUAUGACCGACGAGGGGGAGAGCAGGCUCUAUCGGGCGUCGGGUGAAUCCAAUCACCAGCAGCCUCAGAGAUGGUUCAACACGGCCGACAUCACUGUGGCUCACCAAAGUAACCUCCUGAAGCAGCUUAACCAGCAGAGACGUCAAGAGCUGUUCUGUGACUUCAGUGUGUUGGUAGAGGGCCACCUGUUCAGGGCUCACCGCAACGUCCUGUGCGGGAGUAGUGGCUACUUCCGCAUGCUGCUGACACAGGGUCCUGAUGGCAUGUCAGAGUCUGCAAAUGCUUCUUUUGACUCUUUCAGCCCAGAGACCUUCACAGUCAUCUUGGAUUUCAUCUAUUCAGGCCACCUGGACCUCUCAGGUCAAAAUGUGAUAGAAGUGAUGUCUGCAGCCAGUUACCUACAGAUGAACAAUGUCAUCAACUACUGCAAGAAUUUUAUCAAAUCCUCUUUGGACAUCAGCGUUAAAGAUGAAGACGGUGAUCGUUGUCACAGCUUGUCAGAGACGUGCAGUUUUACCAGCGCCGCAGGAGAGGAGACCAUAGAUCAGCAACCGCCUCCAGAAUCACGUUCUGACAGUCCACCACCUGCACUUUGGACCAGGGACAGCUCCAGAUCCCAGUCUAGCUUUAUGUGCAAGGACUUGGAGCAUGAAAUUUCUGGUUCAGCCCUAAAGACUGAGCCAAGUAGUCCCACCAAUGAUCUCAACACAGAGUCAGAAGACCCCCAAGACCCUUUGUAUACUUUGCCAGUGCCGGAGCGGCGGCGUGCCAGGGGUGCGAAUAAGAGGAAGGCGAGCAACAACAUCCACUCAAACCAGCAUGAAGACCCAGACGUCCAGGAGGCCAGCGCCCAAAAAGCGGAGAAGGCUGAGGAGCUUUAUGCCAAUUUACCACCAAUUGUGGGUGUUGUCACACAGUUUAAUGAAAAUGAAUCCAAUACCGUUAUGCGUUUUAAAUGCCCCUUCUGUACACACACGGUGAAAAGGAAGGCAGACCUAAAGCGUCACUUGCGCUGUCACACUGGUGAGAGACCAUAUCCCUGUCAGGCCUGCACUAAGCGAUUUACUCGCCUGGAGCAUCUCCGCAGCCACUUUGAGACGAUUCACCAAGCCAGGAAGCUGGUGUGCAGGAGGUGCAAGUGUCCAGUGACUGAAGACUCCGGCCAAGUGGUGUGUGAGGGCACACGGCGUUAUCGCAUGUGCCCACUGUGUGUUCACGAAGUGGGCCGUGACACUGUACCCAUGGAAAGUCUAGACGGAAGCAGUGAGGAGCCGGCUCUGUUACUGGGUGUGGAUGGUGAAGAGGAGCACAGUAAUAGGGCCUGGAUGGCAACCGAUGACGAUGACCUGGCUGAAGACUCAGGUGCUGACCUCAUCAUUCAACAAGUGGAUGACAGUGAUGAGGAGCUGCAGUGA